UGACGCCAACUCUCUUCCAUUUUCCUCCGCCUCUGGUUGUCAAGAAGAUGGCAGCUUCCAGGGAGGCAUGAGAGGAAAUAUUUCUUCGCAAAUUGAAUGAAUCUGGAUUAUUACCACAACCUCAGACCGCCCAUCAGUGCUUUUGCAAUUACUGCAUCGAAUUAGAAUCAUGUCUGUCCCUGGUUCCGCGGUGACUGGAACCUCGGCGUCGGUUCUGCAGCCGCGGUGGAAACGGGUCCUCGGAUGGUCCGGUCCUGUUCCCCGGCCCAGACAUGGACACAGAGCCGUGGCGAUUAAAGAACUGAUGGUUGUGUUUGGCGGAGGAAACGAAGGGAUAGUGGAUGAAUUACAUGUCUACAAUACUGCAACAAACCAGUGGUUUAUCCCUGCUGUCCGUGGUGACAUCCCACCGGGUUGCGCUGCCUAUGGAUUUGUCUGUGACGGCACAAGAUUGUUGGUGUUUGGUGGUAUGGUGGAAUAUGGAAAGUACAGCAAUGAUCUUUAUGAACUCCAGGCCAGCAGAUGGGAGUGGAAAAAGUUAAAAGCCAAAAAUCCCAAAAAUGGCCCCCCUCCUUGUCCACGCCUUGGUCACAGUUUUUCCCUAGUAGGAAACAAAUGCUACCUGUUUGGUGGACUCGCCAAUGACAGCGAGGACCCGAAAAAUAACAUUCCCAGAUACCUGAAUGAUCUGUACAUACUCGAGCUCCGUGCCGGAUCCAGCGUAGUCGCAUGGGAUAUUCCCAUCACUUAUGGAGUCCUGCCUCCUGCCCGUGAGAGCCACACAGCGGUGGUUUACACAGAAAAGACCAGCAGAAAAUCUCGUCUUAUAAUCUAUGGCGGGAUGAGCGGGUGCCGCCUUGGAGAUUUAUGGACUCUUGAUAUUGAUACCCUGACGUGGAACAAGCCGUCAGUGAGCGGCACAGCACCUCUCCCCAGGAGUCUUCACUCCGCCACCACCAUCACAAACAAGAUGUAUGUUUUUGGAGGAUGGGUUCCGUUGGUCAUGGAUGAUGUGAAGGUUGCCACGCAUGAGAAAGAGUGGAAGUGCACAAACACUCUGGCUUGCUUAAAUCUCGACACCAUGUGUUGGGAGACAGUGUUGAUGGACACCCUUGAAGACAACAUUCCCAGGGCUCGUGCUGGCCAUUGUGCAGUGGCUAUCAAUUCCAGGCUGUACGUUUGGAGCGGCCGUGACGGAUACCGUAAAGCAUGGAACAACCAAGUCUGUUGUAAAGACCUCUGGUACCUGGAAACCGAACGGCCUCAUGCCCCUGCCAGGGUGCAGUUGGUCCGUGCCAAUACAAACUCCCUGGAGGUGAGCUGGGGUGCAGUAUCCACUGCAGACACGUACUUGUUACAGCUGCAGAAGUACGACAUCCCUGCAACUCCAGCUGCAGCCUCGCCAGCCAUGAGUACAACCCCUAUGCAGCCUUUGAACUCUCCUAAGAGUCCUGCACCGGCUGCUGCAGCCCCGUCCCCACAGAGCCUGCCACAAACUGCUGUUUUGAAGGUUGCUCAGCAAUCUGCCACAGGUGCAUCUGUUGUCACAGUCCGCCCAAGCCAGCCUGGGAAAUCGCCCGUCACUGUGACAUCCCUUCCUCCCGGUGUCAGAAUGGUCGUGCCUGCUCAGACCACCCAAGGAUCGCCAAUUGGAAGUAGCCCUCAGAUGAGCGGUAUGGCAGCGUUGGCUGCUGCAGCCGCAGCAACACAGAAGAUCCCGCCGUCCUCUGCAGCAACAGUGCUCAAUGUUCCUGCAGGUGCCACAAUUCUCAAAACAGUAGCCGUGUCCCCAGGCACAACCACAGUGAAAAUGGCUUCCCCGGUCAUGGUCAGCAACCCUGCCACCCGCAUGCUGAAGACUGCCGCAGCCCAGGUGGGCACAGCAACCGCCUCCUCUCCCACCACGACCACCAGACCUAUCAUCACUGUGCACAAGUCUGGUGCGGUCACCGUGGCUCAGCAGGCGCAGGUGGUAACCACUGUGAUGGGAGGAGUCACAAAGACCAUUGCUCUGGUCAAGAGUCCCCUCACCAUGGGCAGUGGUGGAACUCUGAUCUCCAACCUUGGCAAGAUGAUGUCUGUGGUUCAGACCAAACCAGUACAGACAUCUACGGUCGCAGGCCAGGCUUCCACUAACCCUCUCACUCAAAUCAUACAGACAAAGGGUCCCCUGCCAGCCGGCACUAUUCUGAAGCUGGUGACUUCUGCAGAUGGAAAGCCUGCAACAAUCAUCACCACCUCACAAGCUGGAGGCACAGGAAACAAGCCCACAAUCCUCAAUAUCAGCGGGGUCUCUCCAAAUACCACUAAACAGGGCCCCACCAUCAUUAAGACCAUCCCCAUGUCGGCCAUCAUGACCCAGCCCGGAGCGACGGGUGUAACCAGCAGUACAGGCAUCAAAACACCCAUCACAAUCCUUACGACGAAGGUGAUGACGACUGGAACACCCGGUAAAAUCAUCACUGCAGUGCCCAAGCUGGCAACUGCAGCGGGCCAGCAGGGUUUGACACAGGUUGUGUUGAAGGGCGCUCCUGGCCAACCAGGGACUAUUUUGCGCACUCUCCCCAUGAGCACAGUUGGUGGUGUUCGCCUUGUUACGCCUGUGACGGUAUCUGCUGUUAAGCCCACUGUCACAACCCUGGUUGUUAAGGGAACAACUGGUGUCACCUCUCUUGGCACAGUGACUGGCACCGUCUCCACGAGCCUGGCAGGUGGCACCGUGGAUACUGCCAACGCAUCACUGGCUACUCCCAUCACCACGUUGGGGACCAUAGCGACCCUGUCCAGCCAGGUCAUCAGUCCGCCUGCAAUUACUGUGUCAGCUGCCCAGACCACUCUAACGUCUGCGACCACACUGCCGUCGUCCACCAUCACUGUGCAGCCCACCCAGGUGACACUGAUCACAACUCCCAGUGGUGUAGAAGCCCAGCCAGUGCAGGAUCUACCAGUGUCCAUCCUGGCUUCACCCACCUCUGAGCAGCCCAGCUCCUCUGAGGCUGCAGCUGCUGGGGACGGGUCCGGGACGGUCACGUUGGUCUGCUCUAACCCGCCUUGUGAGACACACGACACGGGAACCACGAAUACAGCCACGACGUCCUCUGCCACCAUCGGAGCGGGGCAGGUUUGCUCCAACCCACCCUGUGAAACCCACGAAACGGGAACCACAAACACAGCCACCACCUCCUCCGCUACGAUUGGAUCAGGGCAGGUGUGCUCCAACCCUCCCUGUGAGACCCAUGAAACGGGCACCACCAACACGGCUACAACCGCAGCAUCAAAUAUGACUUCUCUGCGUGUGUGCUCCAACCCGCCAUGCGAGACCCACGAAACCGGGACAACCAACACUGCGACCACAGCAUCUGCUAACAUGGGGGGAGCCCAGCAGGUGUGCUCCAACCCACCCUGUGAAACCCAUGUGACCGGCACCACCAACACAGCCACCCAGGCGUCUUCCAACAUGGGCGAAGGCCAAACUGGCACAGUGCAGAGGGUUUGCUCCAACCCGCCUUGUGAAACCCACGAGACGGGGACAACUAACACGCCGUCCACAGCCACUUCCAACAUGGGAGGAGACCAGACCAGCACGGCAACCGGCGCAGUUCAGAGGGUUUGCUCAAACCCACCCUGUGAAACACACGAGACUGGGACCACCAACACAGCCACCACUGCCACCAGCAGUCUUGAGACAGGAGAUGGCACAGCAGCUCAGCAGCCAGAGGAUGCAACUGAAGGCACCAGCAACACUGAAGAGGCCUCCACCACUCCAACAGCUGGCAUAGUUACCACCACCCAGGGCAGGGCCAUUACGACCGUUACUCAGUCUACACCUGCCCCCGGGCCUUCUGUACCCUCGAUUUCAUCAAUCACAGAGGGGGUGAGCACUGCAGCCAGCUCCACAGAAGAACCGAUGCAGACCGAAGAAGCAUCAGCAGAAGCCGCACCUGCAGUGGAAGGAGCGACUCCUAUGGAGACUCAGGCAGAAGGAGAAGCAUCAGCAGUAGCCACAGCCACAGCCCUGAACCUGCCGUCUGAGCUCAUGUCUGAGGGCCAGGGAACCACCCUGAUGGUGACUGGUCUGUCAGACGAGGAGCUAGCUGUGACUGCCGCGGCAGAGGCCGCUGCUCAGGCAGCAGCUACUGAAGAAGCUCAGGCCCUCGCUAUCCAGGCUGUCCUUCAGGCUGCUCAGCAAGCCGUAAUGAAUGAAGGUGAAGCAGCCGGAGAGGGCCAGCAAACUACCAACAUCCCCAUCAUGCUGACCCAGCAGGAGCUUGCAGCGCUGGUUCAGCAGCAGCAGCAGCUGCAGGAAGCCCAAGCUGCUGCCCAGCAGGGCACCGUGGAUGCAAGCAUGCCCACUGAGGGCCUUGCUCCUGCCGACAGCCUCAACGACCCAUCUGUGGAGAGCAAUGGACACAGCGAGAUGACUGCUGCAGUCACAAGUGCUGUGGCCUCCCUGCUGCCACGUACCACUGCGGAGACGCUAGCCCCUUCGAGUACAUUUGCACCUUCUGUGUCGGUGGCAAGUCCAGCUAAGCUGCAAGCAGCAGCUGCACUAGCUGAAGUAGCCAAUGGCAUUGAAGGAGAGGUGGGUCAUUGCACAGCCAGCUGCCUUUGUUACGGUGUUUCAACUGAACUUUUGUUUUUUACGCAGAAACAAGCCCCCCAGCCAGCCCCAGUGAAGCCCGUUGUAAAGAAAGAGAACCAAUGGUUUGAUGUUGGAAUUGUCAAAGUGACAAAUAUGGUUGUCACUCACUUCUAUGUGCCAGCAGAUGAUUCUCAAGGGGAUGACGACUCGGGCAUCAUGCCAGACUACAGCCAGAUGAAGAAAAUGGAGCUGCAGCCUGGGACCGCAUACAAGUUCCGUGUAGCGGGAAUUAAUGCUUGUGGCCGUGGAGCCUUCUCAGAGAUAUCUGCUUUCAAGACUUGCCUGCCCGGGUUUCCCGGAGCACCCUGCGCUAUCAAAAUCAGCAAGAGCUCAGAUGGCGCUCACCUGACCUGGGAGCCUCCCUCCGUGACGUCAGGAAAGAUCAUCGAGUAUUCCGUGUAUCUGGCCAUCCAGAGCAACCAGACAGCCGAGGCCAAGGCCUCCACCCCGGCCCAGCUGGCGUUUAUGCGCGUGUACUGUGGUCCCAACCCCUCCUGCUUGGUGCAGUCCUCCAGUCUCUCCAACGCCCACAUUGACUACACCACCAAGCCGGCAAUCAUCUUCCGCAUCGCCGCCCGCAACGAGAAGGGCUACGGUCCUGCCACUCAAGUGCGAUGGCUGCAGGAAUCUGGCAAAGAUGCCGCCUCUGCAAAACCAGCUGCCAAAAGACCAGGCACCUCUCCUGAUACGAAGGCUGCUGGUCCAAAGAAGGCAAGGACAGACCAGUGAGGUUGCCCAGAGAUUCCUCCCCCUUUUGUCCUUCUCCUCCUCGCUGUCCUUGUAUCAGGAAGACUGACCUUCACCCCUCCACCUCUUCAUCCUGAACACCAUUCUAAUCUCAUCCUCCUCCACCCCCCACAUCUCAGCAUCGGAGGCAGAAGAAGCCCAGAUGAAAGUCCAUCUGAGAGAUGUUUCUGUAGAUAAGCCCCCUCCUUGGUCCUGCUUCCGUUGGCUGUGCUACUUGUAGAGCAACAUAAACUUAGAAGCACACUAUCCUUUCAAGUCCAAGCCCCCUUCCGUCAUUUUAACUUUUUUUUUUUUUGGCUUGUUUGAGUAGUUGAGCAGUAUAGAGAAGCAUUUCCAUCUUUCACAGACUGGGAGCAGCCUGAGCGCCACAUUACUUUUUGUCUUGGUUUGUCAGUCCUGGGAGCUGUAGAGAGAGACUACAUGACAUGUACAGCGUUGCACCCGCAUUCAGUUAGAUGAGAGGACACGUCGCUAUGGAAACAAAUAAAGCACUUGUCCUUAAUGAGAGGACAUCAUUUCCCCCCCCCCUUUCUUUUAUGCUCCAAUUUGCUUCUUCAAGAACCGUGAGGUCAUCUGCUAACGUCGUCACUGCCAUUUUUUUUUUUGUUUUGUUUUUUUAGCCCGAGAUGAGGACUGGUGGCAUCUGGAUGUGGACAAAAAGGAACACAUUUGUAGAGAAUCAACCACGGACUUUGCUACGGCGAGACUUGCAGCGCGCGCACACAAAAAAAAAAUCUUGCAAAAUCUUCCCAAAAAAUUAGCAAGCAAAUGGUGCAGAAGAUCUUUUUGUGUAGUUUAUUUUUGUAUUUUUUAAGCUUGUUUUUCUUCUGUGUGUACGUUGUGUGCAUUUUUAAAAACAUCACUUUUUUUCUUUUCUUUUCUUUCCUUUUUUUUUUUUUUAAACUAUUGUUCACCCACCCCCCACCCCUCCAAUAGUUUGUGUUUGCGGGCAGACGGGUGGGCACUGAAGUUGCCACCAUAUUUUUUUUAAAAGUCAGCAUUCACUCAGUGGUGCGUUCGUGUCAGUCGGUUGUGGAAAAGCGAGACUUUUUGUAUUUGUACCAAGUAGAAGCGCAGAGGUCACAGGACUGAAGGGACCCGGGGGAGAGGUUAGACCUUUGUUUACGACCACUUUCUCAAUGCUUAUGUGUUGCUUUGUUUGCCAAACACAGAGUUUCACAGGGUUUGUACCCCUGCCGCUCUUGACGUCCCCCUCAGUCGUUUGCUUUUUAUGCUCAUCAAUGUGCUAACUCGCCUGCUUUUUUAUUUCUUACGAUGUCAAAUGAUAUGAGUAGCCCCCCACCCCAAGGAUGUAUGUGAAUCCACCACUCUGUAUUUCAGACCUGCCGAUGACGUGGCGGCCAGCUGCCGUGUGCAAACAAACACGUUGCAGGUGGUCUUGGGCGGAAAGCUUGCAUCGCUUGUAAAUGACUUCACUCAUCGAGCAAAGAAUAAAACAAAAAAACAA